ACGGCACAUUGAAGUGGUAUUAACCUCCUCGUUCCAUUCGUCGACCACAGUCGACAUAAAACAUUGUGUCGUAGGGAAUUUUCUCUACGAGUUAAAAAUAGGUUGGCAGCUUUGCGAGUAGUUUCAUUCUACUGCCUAGAGGUAGCAGCACUCCCUGGAUACUCUUGACAGUUGUUUUGUUGAGUUUGGUCAUCAUCACAUCAUUUGGAAAAUGUCCGACCGGCGAUAUGAGCGUUCAGAGCGACUACGUCCAUGUAAGUGCUUGUUUUUUAAUACUAAAUGUUAAAUUCUUAGAAUAAAUCUAGGCUACAUGUAUUGUUUAAGGUCUAAGGAAGACAUUGAUAUAAUUUUUUGAUUAGUUUAUGGAUUUUGGUUGCCUUGGUAACGUUCGAAACUUGUAUGUCUACCAGAGUUGACAUUUGGAACAGGGGCAAUCAGCAACAAACUAAACAACCUAUGUUUACUGUUCCUGCUUUCUCAUUUCUAACAACAAAAUAGAUGUUAUAUUUGAGAUAAAUUAACAUUGUAUGUUAUUUUUAAACUUAUUAUUUAUUUUUUCAUUUUUUGUGCUAUUUAAACACUAGAAUUUUGAUUUUUGCUGACAAUAAUUCUUUGGUUUUUUUUUUAGAUUCUAGUCGUUUUGAAGAUUUUGUGGACAACGAAUUAAAUGGAGACGUUAGUGAUCUAGAGAUCAGUGAUGAUGAAGAUGCUGAUCCAGAUUUUGAACCGGAAGAACCUAUCCAGCAAGCGCAGGAGGAGACAUCUGAAGACGACAGUGAUUCGGAAGGUGGUGUAACUCAGGUGGUGGCAAAUCCUGCAAUCGAACCUUCCACACGCAUGGUUCAACCAAGAGGUUCCAGACGAUCCAGUGUGACUUCAGUAAACCAGCUUGGCACUCACACUCAAGUAACUACUCCGGAGCAAAAUGAUGAAACCUUAACAAGUCAAACAAGAACUUUUUGGAAAAAACAGGUUAGUUUUGAUCCACUACCUCCUGCUCCUGCUUACGAAGAAAUAAAUCAAAACGCACUCAAUAUACCUCCUCAAGAUUACGUCAGCAAGUACAUUCCUGACGAUAUUUUCAAUGUGGUUACUAACCAAACAAAUCGCACUUACAUCGAAAACAAAGGUCGUCCAUUAAUUUCCGGUCCUGAACAAACCAAAAAGUUUUUUGGUGCAGCGAUCAAAAUUUCGAUUAUGGGUCUCCCACGAACUAGGAUGUACUAUGAUGUUAAGACCAAGGUACCCUCGAUAGCAUCAAUUUUACCACGGGACCUUUUUUUGCCAUCAGAAACAAUUUGAAGGUUGUUUACAACAAUGAAGUGCCUCAGGAUAAAAAAAAAGCUACAAAGUUUUGGAAAGUUAAUCCUAUAGUAAAAUCUGUCCGAACUGGGUGUCUUUUAAAUAAUAGAAGUCAAAACGUAGCAGUAGAUGAACAAAUGGUACCUUUUUGGGGUCGAUGUCCUGCAAGACAAGUGAUAAAAUCCAAGCCAAAUCCUUGUGGGAUUAAAAUUUUUGUUGCAGCUGCUCCAGAUGGAUUACCUCUAGAUUUCUUUUUUUACAAUGGCAAGGGUGACCCGAUUGUAGAAGAUCCAUCCUGUUCCAGACUUAACAUUGGUGGUAAGGCAGUCAUGAAGCUGCUGAGAACUUUCCCGCAGGGGGUUUCAGUUUACAUGGAUAGGUACUUUACAUCCGAGGAACUACUAGACUUGCUCCACUCAGAACGAGAGGCAACAGGAACCGGUACACUCCAAAAACAGAGAAUCCCCCCUAAUUCCAAAUUGAAAGAGGAUAAAAUAAUGAAGAGAGAGGGCAGAGGGUCUGUGGACCAGAGUGUAAGGUCAGAUGGGCAGAUAAGUGUAGUGAAAUGGUUUGACAACAAGCCAGUACUGCUCAUAUCAAGUAAAGAGGGCGCUGAACCCAUUGAAACAUGCAGAAGAUGGUGUAGAAAAAGAAGAGUUUUCGUUGAGGUGAACAGACCUUUAGUUGUACGACAGUACAACUCACAAAUGGGAGGUGUGGACUUUUUGGACCGCUUAAUAAGCUAUUACCGCAUUUCAGCUAGGACUAGCAAGUGGACGGUAAGACUAAUCAUGCAUUUCUUUGAUUUUGCAAUCGCUGCGGGGUGGAUUGAGUACCGCCGGGAUCAGCGUGCCCUGGGUACACCAAAAAAGGAUAUGCUAGAUUUAAUGGGCUUCAAAAGAGAGUACGCUGAGUUCCUGAUUCACGGACAUGUUGGUGAGGGAACUGAUGACAGUGACCCUGACUAUGUCUGCUCUAUACCCCCUCCAAGGAAGCAACCAAGAGUUGCACAUCCACCAGAUGCACUGCGAACCAAAAAUGUUCUCCACUUACCGGAAAUUCCUACCCCUGCUAAGAAGAACCGCUGUAGAUUCCCAGGAUGUAACUCAAAUGGUGCGAGAGUUCAGUGCGCAACAUGCAAGGUCUACUUGUGUCUACAGGAAAACCGAAAUUGCUUCAAAGCGUACCACGAGCUUUGAAAAUUCCCAUUUCAUAAGAUGAUUAUAACACCAUUGUAAUUUACAAACAAGUAUACUGUACAAUUAAAACACUUUUUACUUUA